CGGGCGGAGGAGAUCUUGUCGAAGGUGACAAUCGGCGACGACCUCAGCCCAGAUCAACGAGCGGCUGUCGAAAACUUGGUCAGGGAGUACAACGAUGUUUGGGCGACCGACCUCAAGGAUAUAGGCGCCUGCCCUCAUACGGUCCACCGACUGAAGGUACCGGAAGGGACAAAGUUGCCUCGCUACGCGCACGGAAGGCCUCUGACGGAGCCGCAGCUAAUCGCAGCCCGCAAGAUGACGGCGAAGCUGCUUGCUGCGGACGUGAUAGAACCCAUU